GGUCCGUGCUUCUCUCCCGCGUUGCCUAGAACGCGUCUGUCUUGCCAGUGGCGACUUCGCAUGUUCCUUCACUGUUGACUUCCCAUCCUCAUUUUCAAUCACUCAGCUAGCAUCGCCGAAAAUGAGUGCCGAGGAAGAACAGUCCCAGUCAGGUUAUGAUGAUGGCCUGGCAGGCGGACCCGGUGCACCGACGCCGCUGUCCGCGCUGGAGGGCAUUGCAGGACUCACGAAACGCGACAUCCAGUUGUUCAUAGAUGGCGGGUACAACACGGUGGAGUCGGUGGCAUACACGCCCCGCAAGAUUCUCGAGCAGAUCAAAGGCAUCUCGGAGCAGAAGUCGACCAAGAUUCUAAGCGAAGCGUCCAAGCUGGUUCCAAUGGGCUUCACUACCGCCACGGAAAUGCAUGCACGCCGCUCGGAGCUCAUCUCCAUUACUACCGGCUCCAAACAGCUCGACACACUGCUUGCCGGCGGGAUAGAAACUGGCAGCAUCACGGAAGUGUUUGGCGAGUUUCGCACUGGCAAGUCCCAGAUCUGUCACACUCUCGCCGUCACCUGUCAGUUGCCUUUCGACAUGGGUGGAGGCGAAGGCAAAUGUCUGUACAUCGACACCGAAGGCACCUUCCGUCCCGUCCGUCUUCUCGCCGUGGCAGAACGCUACGGCCUGAAUGGAGAAGAAGUACUGGACAAUGUGGCAUAUGCCCGAGCAUACAACUCUGAGCACCAACUUCAGCUUCUCAAUCAAGCAGCAACAAUGAUGACGGAAACUCGCUUCUCGCUCCUCAUCGUGGACAGCGCCACAUCCCUCUACCGAACAGACUUCAUGGGUCGAGGAGAACUCAGCAGUCGCCAAACGCACCUUGCCAAGUUCAUGCGUACGCUGCAACGCCUGGCGGAUGAAUUUGGUAUCGCCGUAGUCAUCACCAACCAGGUCGUUGCACAGGUCGAUGGAGGGCCUUCUGCAAUGUUCAACCCAGACCCCAAGAAGCCCAUUGGCGGGAACAUCAUCGCCCACGCGUCCACUACUCGCCUGUCGUUGAAGAAGGGCCGGGGUGAGACGAGAAUCUGCAAGAUCUACGACUCGCCUUGCUUGCCUGAAUCCGACUGCAUGUUUGCUAUCACCGCGGAAGGAAUCGGCGAUCCCAGUCCCAAAGAUCUAGAGAAGGACUGAGAGGUGUGAAGGUUGUUUGCCACCCACUUUGCUCGGGUGGUACGAGGAGCCAUGAAAGAGCAAAGGCGUAUACUACAGAGCUGCUGAUGAGUUGAUGGCUUGGAGUUGGGGCAUGGCGGAGAUCGGAGUCGGGCAGAAGUGGCUAUACCCUGUAUUAUGAUUUGCUGCGCGGAAUAGCUCUGUCGCAUUUAGCGUUCACUUUGAC